GAAAGAGAAUUUCUCAAUAUUUUUCUUAAAACGAAUCUGAGUGGAAGACCUCUGUAGACUUUUCUUCUACAUGGCCGAAGGAUUGUUGCUUACGCUCCCUCUAUUUAACAGCCCUCUCCUUGAUCUAUGUAGUAUGUACUAUUAAGAGUGGAGUCCUUAGCAGGAAGAGACCAGAGAUGAGGAGCAUCACCUUGUGUGUUUCAUUCUUGCUAUCUACUUUCCUGCUUCAUCUAUGUUUGUACCAUGAGGUGGCUUCCGGUGAUCAAAUUAUUGGGUCCGAUAGUAAAGCAUUAGAAACAAUCAAAGGUGGUUAUGGUGGCGGCGGCGGCUAUUACCCUGCUUCACCUCCUCCUCCCCCUCCUAAACCCAUUUGCACCACACUGCCACCUCCUCCUCCACCGCCUAAACCCAAAUGUCCCCAAGCACCACCACCGCCUCCUCCUCCUCCUCCUCCUCCUCCACCACCACCGCCGCCCAAAUGUAACCCACCGCCACCACCACCCCCACCCCCUCCACCACCACUGCCGCCCAAAUGUAACCCACCCCCACCUCCACCACCCCCACCGCCACCACCACCACCACCCCCACCCCCACCUCCACCACCACCACCACCACCACCCCCACCCCCACCUCCACCACCACCACCACCACCCAUAAGUCCGCGAGUUGCAAAAGUGCACCCGGUUGUUCAAAAUUUUAAAUCGAAAAUCCGUGACGACCCAAAGGGCAUCACGAAGUCAUGGAAUGGUGAGAACGUAUGCAAUUACCAGGGCUUUACUUGUGACAACUACCCGGAUGACAAACAUGAACCAGCAGUUGCUGCAGUGGACUUCAACGGCUUCCAUUUUGCCGGUAAGAACGGCCUCCUACCUCUCGUUGGCUUCAUUGACGAGUUACCAGAUAUAACCGUGUUCCACGCAAACUCCAACAAUUUCACCGGCGGCGUCCCCAUGAAGAUCUCCAAGCUAAAGUACUUCUUUGAGAUUGAUCUAAGCAACAACAAGUUAUCCGGCCAGUUUCCAAUGGAAGUUCUUGGAGCCACACAAUUGACGUUCUUGGACCUCCGGUUUAACUCAUUGUGCGGCACAGUUCCACCAGGAGUGUUCAACCUAGACGUGGACGUGAUCUUCAUCAAUAACAACAACUUUGUGCAAAAGCUUCCUGACAAUCUUGGCUCUACGCCAGCUCUUUAUCUCACUUUUGCCAACAACAAGUUCACAGGGCCAAUCCCACGAAGCAUUGGCACUGGCAACAGUUCAGAAAACCUCAUUGAGGUGCUCUUCUUGAACAACCAGCUCUCGGGAUGCUUGCCACCUGUGAUUGGCCGCUUGAAACGGGCAACCGUGUUUGAUGUGAGCCGUAACAUGUUGACAGGUUCAAUACCCCAGUCAUUUCAGUGCCUGGCCAAAAUAGCAUUGCUUAUUUUGGAUAAGAACCAAUUCUAUGGGGCGAUCCCGGAGGCCAUCUGCAAGUUACCUAACUUGUCUAAAUUCACGUUAUCGCACAACUACAUCACCGAAGUCGGCCCCGAAUGCAGGAAGUUGAUAGGAAAGGGCGUUCUUGAUGUUCGAAUGAAUUGCAUUAUUGAUCUUCCAAAUCAGAGAACAAAGGAGGCAUGUGCUAAUUUUUUCACCAAGAACAAGUACCACACCUGCCCCGACGAUAAGAUGAUGUACCAGUCUUACAUUCCAUGCGAGAAUAAGUAUUAUUCAGGUUCCGAUGAUCAUCAACCAACGGUUGCAGCCACUCCGCCAUUGUCCUAUGGUGCUCUUACACCGCAUAAGUUGUGAUUUUCGUGCCCGGAGUUGACUCAUUGACAGAUGGGUCAUCGGGGUGUGUUUCUUUAUUUUACGUCUAAAUUGUUAGUUUAUGUACAAGCAGGCUACGCACCCAUAUAUAUGGAUAAUUAUUUGGCAUCUUGAACAGAUGCCAUUGUUAA